AUGAACGAGAGUAACGCGGAACCUCCUGCUAAAUCGAAGGCCCAAUUGCGGAAAGAACGUCGUGCGAUUCAGGAAGCUCAACGGGCUAAAAAAGAAGCGGAAAAAGCAGCAAAACAGGCGCAAAAUUCAACCGCACCUAAAGAUGGUAACAUUGAACCUAAGCAAAGCAAAAAGCAGAAUCAAAACCUUAAGUCUUCUCAAUCUAAUCAAGAGAAACAAAGCUUACGCAAAACUACUGAUCCCUCAAUUAACCUACAGCAACAACAAAAUAGCAAGAAAGUUCGUUUACCUGGAGGUGAUGCAACAUCAGAAGUUCCCCAGGAUGACAAGAAACCAGCUCAAGCUGGCUCCUGUCAACGUUCGACACUCGGUGUCAUGAGAAUGGACGAUCCGGCCCACAUAAAAAAGUCUCUACGCCAAUUAUUCAAAAAGAAACUUCCUCCUAGGCCUUUUGAACCUGUCCGAAUAAGUUACUUCCAACAUCUUAGCCAGCCAGAUAAAAGAAUAAAUGUCCUUGAUCAACACCAAUGUGGUGCAGAAACGAUGAUUCAUCUCAAUUUCCAACGUCAUGGGUUUGAGAUCGACUCGGGUCUAAUCAAGGGCUCAGAUUUAAGGUGUAUGGAGUUCGUUUUUGCCGCCCUUAUGCUAAUUCGUGAUUUCGAUUGGAGUGGAAUUCAAUCCAUUAAUGGUAGCAUUGCUCGUGCCUUUCAAAUUCACUUCGAUAGGCAUGUCACGUUUCUGGAUCAGUGUCGCCCCCUUGCCGUGACUGUUAGAGGCGCUGUUCACUGUCUCAAAACUGCUCUCAAUCGACUCGAUAGUCUAAAGACCCAGGAAGAUUUGGCUUUGGGAUUAGUAGAUGGCUUGAGUACGUUUGUGGUCGAUCAGAUUUACAAGUCCACUUUGGUGAUUGCGGAACACGUAAAUAAAAUUAUUAAUGAUGGAUCAAAAAUCUGCAUAUGUGAUUCUUCUACAGUGGUUUUGCGCUCUUUGAUUACUGCUUGGGAGAAGUAUUGCCGUCGAUUCUCUGUGUGCAUUGUGGAUAGCAGACCCCGAUGUGAUGGUCGAAAAACUCUGGUGAAGCUAAGCAACUUGGGCAUCCCCUGUGAAUUCAUUCCCAUCAGUGCUUUGCCUGCAUUCGCGUCUACGAUUGACCUGACUUUGAUUGGAGCGCACAGUUUGUUGACCAACGGAUUUGCAAUUGGAGCGAUAGGCACAGCUCAUGUUGCCAACAUAAUCCACGCUAAGGUGGGUUCUCCAGUGAUGGUCUGUGCAGAGACCUAUAAGUUCUGGGAUCGAGCCCAGUCGGAUGCAUUUGAGUUUAAUGAAUUGGCUGAUCCAGAUGAGUUAUGGCGUGGUGAGCGGGCUUUUUCCGAAGACUGGAAGAAGCCGAAAGAUCCGGAAUACGUUGUAUGUCCUGAAGACCAUCCGGAGAAUUGGCGUGACUUGUCUCGACGUGAAAAGGACCGUAAAAAUCUACGACUUUUGAACCUCACUUAUGAUGUUAUUAAACCCUCUCUCAUAUCGGCUGUAAUAACCGAAAUGGGAGUCAUUCCGACAACCUCAGUUUCGGUGGUUUUGAACUCGAAGUUGGCUCGUAAUGAAGCUAAUGAUGGAUUCUCUAUUCCCGAUUUCAUGUAA